AUUAAGUUUCUUGGUAAUACGUAUAACUGCCUCAGCCACUCCUUUUACAUCCCGGAAACUCUUAUAAAUGACAAUAUUCAACCACAACUACUCUCAUAGUCUCACUCAUCUAGACUUGCUUCAAUUCCUCUUAAUUUCAUCUCUUUUUUCACGUAGAAAUGGCAGAAAUUAUGUUACUUAUUGCAAAAUCCACACUUGGUAAGAUCGCUUCCUUCACCGGCGAUCUUAUCAUUUCCUCUGUUACCAAAGAAAUGAAAGCUGUUAUGUCCGUUAAGAAAGAUGUCGAGAAUAUAGGUAACAAACUGGAAGCCAUUUGUGCUGUUCUUGAAGAUGCAGAUGAGAGGCAAUAUGUUAACAACGCAUUUCAUAUUUGGAUUCGAAAUCUCAAGCGUGUUGUUUAUGAUAUAGAUGACCUCUUGGAUGAAGUAGCCUUUGACGCUUUGAAACACCGUGUCAAUGGAUCCCAUUUAUCCAGCCUCCUCAGGUACAUUUCCCCCUCUUCAAAUCUCUUAUUUUCUUUACAAUUGAGUCACAAAAUAAGAGAUCUAAGGGAAAAUCUAGAAAACAUUGUGGCUAAUAGAAAUGAGUUUGGUUUGACUGAGCAUCUGGUUGAACGCUCAGCUGAUGAAGAUAAUUGGAGUACUUUUAAUAGAGUUCCAGUUGUCAAUAGACCAGAUAUUGUUGGAAGAUGUAUAGCUGAGAAGGAAAUUUUAGAAAAAAUAGGGGCUGUGAGAAAAUAUGAUAACCUCUAUGUACUCCCUAUAGUCGGGAUGGGUGGGAUUGGGAAAACUGUAUUAGCUAAGUUGGUGUAUUGUGAUGUCAAACAUUUUGAUGUUAAGGUGUGGGUAUCUGUUUCUGAGAAGUUUGACAUGAAUAAGAUCAUAAAGGGUAUUCUAGAAUAUAGUCAUAUUAGGUCUUGUUGUAGUGUUUCUAAUAAUGUGGAGAUGGGGUUGAGACAGGUGAAUAAGUUUUUGAGUAGAAAGAAGUACUUUCUUGUGUUGGAUGAUGUAUGGGAAGAUAAAAUUGAUGAGUGGAGAAAGUUGAGGAACAUACUUGCAGUUGGUAAAAAAGGGAGUGUGGUUUUGGUCACGACAAGAAAAAGACAAGUUGCUUCAAUUACUAAAACAGUUGACACAUAUUACUUGGAUUGUCUUCCAAAUGAUGUGUGUUGGGAUAUUUUUAAGCAAUUAGCAUUCGAGAAAGACGAGGAAAAAAGAUACCCGAAUCUUACUGGGAUUGGUUUGUCUAUUGUUGAAAAAUGUCAUGGCGUCCCAACUGUUGUGAAAAGUUUGGGGAAAAUCUUAAGAAAUGAGAGGGACAAUCAAGAAUGGCACCGGAUUGCUCAAAUGGAUAACUUCAUCGAGCUGAUUCAUCAACAUGAUGUUAAAGUGUUGAAAACUUUAGAAAUAAGUUAUCACAAACUUCCGUCCCAUUUAAAACUUUGUUUUGCUUAUUUGUCAUUAUGUUUCAAGGGUACAGAUCUUAAAACGAAUUAUGUAUCAUAUAUGUGGAGCGCACUUGGGUUGUUGCCACAAAAUGAAGAUAUUGAACUUAUGGGAUAUUCUUACUUCAUGAAACUGGUAUCGGAUUCACUCCUUCUAGAACCGAGUAGUCAUUCUAUUGGGAAUUAUUGCGAGUGUAAAAUGCAUGGUAUUUGGCAUGAUCUGGCUGUGAAUAUUUUGGGUGAAGAGUUGGCUAUUGUAAAUUUUGAUAAGCUUGCAGUUACAGAAUUUACUAGGCAUAUUGUUUGGGAACUAUCUUUUGACAGUUUUAAAGAUAAGAUAUUUCCUCAAGAGCUUCGCAUAGCCCGGAAGGCUCGUACAUUUCGAUUUGGGUAUAACAUGAAGACCUGUAUAAGCAAGUCAUUUCUUGAGGAGAUUAUAUCAAAUUUUCGCUUCUUACGCUUAUUGGAUCUUAGGACUCUUUGGUUUGAGGAUUUACCAAAGUCGAUCGGGAACUUAAAGCAUUUGAGAUUCCUCGAUAUAUCAGAAAAUCCUUACAUUAAAUCUCUUCCAAAUACAAUAUGCAAGUUAUUGAAUUUGGAGGCGUUUCAUGUUUCUUAUUGCGAAAAAUUACAAAAGCUACCCAAGGAUAUAUAUCAGCUGCAGAGCUUAAAGAAAUUAUCAAUGACAACAUGCCAAGUGAGCUUAGGAACAAGAUUCAUUGAAUUGAGUUUUCUACAAUCCCUGACUCUUAGAUCAUGCAAGGGACUAACAUCAAUGUGGGAUGAUGAUAAUGUUAGGCACCUCAAUUCCCUCCGAACCUUGAAUAUCAUUGACUGUCCAAAACUGACAUGUCUUCCAAAUUGGUUUACCUCACUCAAAGAAAUUACAAUCUCUGAUUGUCCUAAUAUGUCCUGUUUGCCUGCGACAUUUCGCCAUCUCACUUCUCUAAAAAGGCUAUAUAUUGAGAGAUGCUCUCUCCUAUCAACAAGAUACAAUGCACAAGAUGGACAUGACUACUCGCUUGUACGACACAUCCCCGAAUUAUGGAUUACAUGGUAACCCAAGUUACUCAAACAGAUUAAUCACCACCAUUUUCUCAACUGUAAUUGAUGAGUGAAGAUGGAUGCAUGUUUUUCAUGGCAUGCAUGAUAAAGCAACAGCUAGGCUUAUUGAAGAUUGAAGGAAACAUAUUCAAAGCAAACAUCUAAAGUCGUACUUGGCUGAUGUUAUGUGUUACCUAUCAUUUAAAUGUUUUCUAGGGAGUUAGCAUGGUUUUACCUUACUCUUAAAGUCAGGGUUUUAUGUGUAAUGUACUCCUUUCUUUACGGGAUAAUUUGGUUUGAUGUAAAACUGUUUCAUGUAAAUAGUUUACAAUUUUCAAUCAUUUUCGUUGGUUGUUACGGUAAAUUGUAUACAAUUUUCCAAUAACUCUCAAAAGGAUGGAAAAUGGUUUUUGUUUAGAAAGGAAGGGAGACUUUCGCCUUA